AUGGAGGAUAGCCCCAGAAAGCAACAGUCCACCUCGCGGGUGAUUGACUCACUUCACUCGCAAAUCGACGACUUGAAGCAUGAAUUAGAAGUCCUCCGCUUGUCUUGUGGAGACUACAAAAAAAAAUCAACGAUUUUGGCCUCCAAAAAUGACUCACUAGUGGACCAGUUGGCAAACUGUAAGCAUGAAAAUGACAUGGUGAAUGCUUUGUUGAAGCGCAAGGAACGCCGAAUUGUCGACUUGGAAUCCGAGUUUGAUGAUUUGAGCCUGGAGUCUGAGUCUCUCAAGCAGUCGGUGAAAAACUACAAAAUCCGCUGCGAAAAUCUCCAAGAAUCUUCUGCGUCAUCCACAGCCGAACAUGAACGCCUCAAGAUUUCGUAUGACGCCCUAAUGGCCUCGCAGACCGAGUACAAGCGCCACUAUCAAGAUGAAUUGAACAAAUUGACAAACCAGUUGGAAACAUACAGACUGGACUCUAUACGUGACAUGAGAGAUCUCAUGGAGAAGCUUGAGGGAAACGACAAAGAUGUAGAUGCACUUUUGGAGGGGCUCAAUUUGAAAAGGACAUCAAUGGAUAACAUGCUUGUCGACCGCAACAAAUCGAUUCUAGGCUUGCUUUCUCUUUUGGCCAAGGUCGCGAAGACUCAUGGUGAGGAAUGCAAGUCCAUUCUUCUGGAUAAUGUUGAUAUCAUCAAUGUUCUCAGGCACAAACAUCCCGAUAUCUUCGACAUGGUGACGGAACGUUCAGAGACAUUGAUCGACUUGGACGAUUUGAUUCGAGAGUCGGCCGUCUCGUUAGAAACCAGUUUUUAUGAUAUCGAA